GCGGGCAGUUUUGGGUGAGUCUUACGUUUUUACCGUGCUUAGUGGUUCGAUUGUAGUGACGUUUCAAACUGCUGUAUAAAUACGAGUCACGUUCGGAAGCUUGGCUAUGUCUACAAAUAUAACUCAUCAGCCUUCACAUAUUACUCAUGAUCAGCGUUCAGUUAGUAACAAGUCUUGGUUCCACGGUUGUACGGUGUGGUUUACAGGUCUCAGUGGAGCUGGCAAAACGACUUUGGCAUUUGCUCUAGAACAUCAUCUGGUUAAUCGAGGCAUAUCAGCUUAUGUAUUAGACGGAGAUAAUAUUCGCUCUGGUUUAAAUAAAAAUUUAGGAUUCAGUGAUGAAGAUCGUGUGGAAAAUAUCCGACGUGUCAGUGAAGUAGCUAGGUUAUUUGCUGAUGCAAAUAAUAUUUGUCUAACUAGUUUCAUUAGCCCGUUUGAAAGUGAUAGAAAUGCAGCUCGCAUGUUGCACUCUCAAAACAAUCUACCAUUCUUUGAAGUUUUUCUAGCUACCCCAAUUGAAGUAUGUGAACGUCGUGAUGUAAAAGGGUUAUAUAAACGUGCACGUGCUGGUCAAAUAAAAAAUUUUACUGGUAUCUCUGCGAUUUAUGAAAAUCCAACAAAUCCUGAUUUAAUUUUAAAUACUGAAUUGUAUUCUGUUCAAGAGUGUGUAUCUAAAUGUGUACAAAUGUUAGCUACAGCUGGACUAGUGCCUAACUGUGAUGAAGUAAAUCCAUUUGGUGGUCCUAUGCCCAAAGAAUUAUAUGUGACCGAUCCUCUGGAAGUUCAAAAAUUAAAGGCACAAUGUUUAAGUCUACCUCAUUUAGAAAUUACAGAAUUGGAUCUUCAGUGGAUACAAACACUAGCUGAAGGUUGGGCUACACCAUUAAAUGGUUUUAUGCGUGAAAAUGAAUAUUUGCAAGUUCUCUAUUUUGGUCAAUUACAAGUAUCAGACUGUCCAGUGAUUACAAAUUUCUCGAUUCCAAUUGUAUUAGCUAUAUCAAAUGAGGAUAAAGAAAGAUUUCAUGGGAAUGGUUCAUCGAUAGCUUUCGUAUAUAAAAGUAAUAUAAUUGGAAUGUUACAAAAUUGUGAAUUUUUCCCUCACCGUAAAGAAGAACGAUGUUGUCACAUAUUUGGAACGAAUCAUAUAAAUCAUCCAAGUAUAGAAAUGAUUAUGUCAUCUGGUGAUUGGUUAGUUGGCGGUGAUUUAAAAGUAUUCGAAAGAAUCAAAUGGAAUGAUGGUUUAGAUCGGUAUCGUUUAAUGCCAAAAGAAUUACAUAGUGAAUUAAUAAAAAUGAAGGCUGACUGUGUCUUUGCCUUUCAACUGAGAAAUCCUAUACAUAACGGUCAUGCAUUAUUAAUGACUGAAACUAGACAACAAUUAUUAGAAAAACAUGGAUAUCAUAAUCCUGUGUUAUUACUUCAUCCACUUGGAGGUUGGACAAAGUCAGAUGAUGUUCCACUUAAUGUACGUAUAGCUCAACAUGAAGCUUGUUUAGAUGAAGGUGUUCUUGAUCGUGAUACAACUUUAUUGGCAAUAUUUCCUUCACCAAUGUUAUACGCCGGACCACGUGAAGUUCAAUGGCAUGCUCGUACACGAAUGUUAGCCGGUGCUCAGUAUUAUAUAGUUGGACGAGAUCCAGCGGGUUUACCUCAUCCUAAUGGAACAGGUGUUGAUUUAUAUGAUCCAUCUCAUGGUGCUAAGGUAUUAUCUAUGGCUCCUGGUUUAUCCAACUUGAAAAUUAUUCCAUUUCGUGUUGCUGCCUAUGACAAGACAAUCAACAAAAUGUCAUUUUUCGAUUCAGAACGUUCAUCAGAUUUUCUAUUUAUUUCUGGUACUAAAAUGCGUACAUUAGCUCGUGAAGGUAUGGAACCACCUAAUGGAUUUAUGGCCGAGAAAGCAUGGAAGGUUUUGUCAAAUUAUUAUUGUCAAUUAAAUAAAUCCGUUUAAUUGAAUAAAUGAAAACAAAACAAAAUCUGAAUGAGAUUUAAGAGAUUGUAUGUUUGUUUUUCUUUAAAUGAAGAAGCUAUUUAUUUAUCAGUACAAGUGCAUAUUGUUUCACCAUUUCCAAUGUUUCUUACUCAUUUUCUAUUUAUUCACAUACCUAUAUAUUUUUUUGUGUGUGUAUGUGUACCUGGCUGAAAUCUACGUUUAUUCUUUAGAGAACCUGUGCUCUGUGUUUGUUUUAAUAGUUUUUUUUGCUCUUCAAAACAAAAACGUCUUUUAUAAGAUCGUUUGUCGAAAUUUGAUCAAAUAAUUUCACAGUAUUUUGGCGCCUUGUUGAUGUGAGACGUCAAGAAUGAAGACUGUAUUUUAUUUUGGCUUCUUAUUUGCUGGUUGAUUUGUUUUGUCAUCUCACGUUGUUGUUGUCUUUGCUUGUCAACAUAAUUUCUUUGAAUUGGCUUGCUUUUAAUUUCAUACUUAGGCGUUUUUUACUCUUCCCCUUUCAUGAGAAGUAAAUAUUUCUUUCCAUUUUUUCUCUUGUAUUAUUAUCUCUUAUAUAUCUAUGUGAUUAACUGCUUCUCAGUUUUGGGUUAAUCACAAUUAUCGUCUCAUCACUACAUCAAUCUAACUGAUUAACGAACUAAGUUAAUUUGGCUGUUAUUUUUAAAAUUUAUUUCCUCACUUUUCUUCAAUUCGUCUACAGUUGUUGAUAUUGCCGUUUUUUCUUCACAAUCUCAAUACUUCUAUUUUGAAUUCCAGUAUCUCUUUAUACUUUCAUAGAUACAUACCUUCUUACUCUAUCAUAUCAGACCACCUUCUCAUCGUUACUACAGUUAUUUCAUCUUAUCACACUAAGCUGGUAACGACUAAUCCAUAUCUGUCCGAGGAUCUAUGUUGAAGAUGUUUUAUCUACUGAAUAAUCAAUCAUGUGCCUAGACAAAAAAACACAAAACAAGUGUUAUUGUGAUAAUAGAAAUAUCUUUUUCUGUUUUUAUGUGACUUUUAUGAUUAUUUGUUUUGGUCACAAUCGGUUUUCUGGUUUGUUUGUUUUUUUUUAUUUGGACUAUUCUGUGAUUUUCUUUCUACUGGUUAUUUUCUAAAAGAUUGAUUUGUUGAAUACUUAUUUUUAUGUCUGUAUUAUUACGUGCCUAUAGUAAUACAUGUUUUUUUGUAUGGGAAAGUCGAAGUCCUCUGUUUUAUAUCAGAAUGUACGAAAAUUCCUUCUGUUUUAUUUCAUUCGUCUAGCUCUAUAAAAUAUAGAUGAUUUUGUGUUG